AACGACUAAAAAAAUCCCAAAUAACAACCAAAAAGUUGGAAAACGAACACACUGGACUUUUAAACCAACUCGUUUCUUCAUCCUUUGCAAUCUUCAGAUAAAAGCCUUCGUCUUCCUUUUCUCUCACGCUUCCAAUUCAAUUCAAUUCAAUUCAAAUCCUCUCUCUCUCCCUCUGAAAAUUUCCAAAUCUCCGUUCCAAAAAUCUAGAGAGAGAAAUAAGAGAGAGAGAGAGAGAGAGAUAGAUUGGAUUGGUGUAGCUUUUCUUCCACAUUUGAUGGCCAAGAGAAAACGAUGCGUGUUUGGAUUCUGCUAUUGUCUUUUGACGAUUUUGAUUUGCGCUAGGGUUUCGGUUUCCGCGAGAUCUGAUAAGGAAAUUCGGGAGAGGUUCUACGGCAACAUGACGAACUCCUCCGCGCCGGAUUCCGGCGACGGCACCAUUGCCAAAAUGUUCGAUCGCGUCCUCGAGAAGGAGUUCUCCGAGAACGACCAGCCCGAAGGAUCUGACGGGGCCAGCUUUAACAGCAGUGUGGCCGAUCAACAAGCUGUACUAGAGACUGUGGCGAAAAUCACUCACGAGAAGGGCAAGAAAAAUGAUACACACGUUGGAAACGGCACAAAACCAUUUGAUUUUGAAGGUGUUUUUUCCCUGGAGAAUGAAGAUUCUGAAGAAACAACAACCUUGAUUGACAAAAAGGAUAAUGUGUUUGUGAUGUCAAACAAGAAAUCCAAAUAUCCAGUACUUCAAGUAGAUUUAAGAUUAAUUUCUGAUCUGGUGGUUAUCAUAGUGUCUGCUGCCAUUGGUGGAAUUCUGUUUUCUUGUUUGGGACAACCGGUUAUUGUAGGAUACCUGCUUGCCGGUUCUCUCAUUGGACCAGGGGGUCUGACGUUCGUCAGUGAAAUGGUGCAGGUUGAAACUGUUGCACAGUUUGGUGUUAUAUUUCUUCUUUUUGCUCUAGGUUUGGAGUUUUCUUUGGCUAAGUUAAAAGCCGUGGGCCCUGUAGCUGUUCUUGGAGGUCUUCUUCAAAUCAUGACAUUUAUGUUCCUGUGUGCCAUAACUGCUAUUUUAUGUGGAGCAAAGUUAUCUGAGGGAAUUUUUGUUGGUUCCUUCCUGUCAAUGUCAUCAACAGCAGUGGUGGUGAAAUUUCUUGCAGAAAAGAAUAGUAGUAGUGCUCUUCAUGGUCAAGUAACAAUUGGAACACUCAUUUUCCAGGAUUGUGCUGUUGGUUUACUGUUUGCUUUGCUCCCAGUUUUGGGUGGUCAUAGCGGUCUUUUCCAAGGAAUGGUAUCAGUGGGGAAGCUGUUGCUGGUGUUGUCACUAUAUCUUGGUGCUGCCUCAGUAUUGUGUUGGUCAUUUGUUCCUCGCUUUCUGAAACUGAUGAUGCAUUUGUCCUCUCAAACAAAUGAGCUUUAUCAGCUUGCUGUUGUGGCUUUCUGCUUAUUAUCUGCUUGGUGUAGUGAUAAGUUGGGCCUUAGCCUUGAGUUGGGUUCAUUUCUGGCUGGGGUUAUGAUAUCAACCACUGACCUUGCACAACAUACUUUAGACCAGGUGGAACCAAUUCGUAACCUAUUUGCUGCUCUCUUCCUUUCGAGUAUUGGAAUGCUCAUACAUGUUCAUUUCUUGUGGAGCCACGUCGACAUACUGCUAGCAUCUGUUAUUCUAGUUAUAGUUGUAAAGACUGCCGUUGCUACUAUUGUUACCAAGGCCUUUGGAUAUAGCUUUAGGACAUCAUUUGUGGUUGGAGUCUCACUUGCUCAAAUUGGAGAAUUUGCUUUUGUUCUCUUAAGUCGAGCCUCGAACCUUAAUCUUGUUGAGGGGAAAAUGUACCUGCUUCUUCUCGGAACAACAGCGCUUAGCCUGGUUACAACUCCUCUCAUGUUUAAGCUGACUCCUGCCAUAAUGAAUCUAGGAGUUCUUAUGCGCUGGUUUCCUUCUGAGGGAACUCCGUACAACGAGGAGAAAGCUGCGAUGAUUGACGCACAGCACAACCGAAUACUGUGAUCUUCCCUGUCUAUCAACUAUCCGGUUUUGACUCAUACCAGGUUACGAAUUCAGUUGUGUAUGAUUUGUGAAUAUCUUCAAGAUGUUCAGUUCCUGCUUCGAGAAUUAUCGUGUACAGAACAUAUAAUUUUUGUAAUUUUUCUGAGGAUUUUUGUAAAUAGGACUCUUUAUGUAGGGCUCCUCUUCAAGUGUGCAUGCUAGUCUAUUUGGAGAAAAAAGUUGCUGCAAAUACUAGAGAUUAUUAGGAAACUGUAUCGUACCCGAAAAAUGGACUUCAGAAUCAUUUUUUUUAAGAAAUACUAUGAUUUUCCUUA